AUGAGCCCAAAGCCAGACGCAGCAAAAUCAUUUUGUGAUCUUCUUGAAAGCGAAUCGAACAAAUCCACAGGACUAGCGGCUAUAGAGACCUUACACGAUGUUCUUAACCACUGCAACGGUUGAUAGUUCCGCAAUUUGUAGGGUCUUAUUUUAAUUUUCAGCAACUACCGCCGCCGAGUUAGAGAAUAAUUUAGUUUCGGUUGUUAGAGCGAUGGAAAAAACGGAUUAUAGUUCUACUUCCAUAAGAAGCGCAACUGAUCUGUUUAGAAGGUUCUUAUAAUUUUACCUAGCGUUGUCGAUUUCACGAUAUCUAGGUUCAUAUCUCUCGCUCCAGCAGAAUUGUUAGAUCAAGCGGAUUUUUCUCAAGUAUUGGAAUUUUAUCGCAAGCGAGGAAUCAAUUUCAUCGACCGCGUGAGCCGUUCGCGCGCUCUUAUUUCGAAGUACGCGAGGCCUUUCUUCAGAAACAAUAUGGUAAGUUUUAAUCUAACUGUUUCUGUCUUCGAAACCCUUUCAUGAAUAAGAAACUUUAGAACAUUCUGACGCAUUCAUACAGCAAAGUUGUUCUGGAAGCGAUAUGUGAUGCACACAGUGCCGGUAUUUCAAUACAUGUGUGGGUAGGGGUUUUAUUUAUUACUUAAUAUAUUUCACUUUUUUUCAGGUGACAGAGUCUCAACCUGACGCAUCUGGAAGAAGAAUGCACGAAAGACUGACCUCUUGUGGAAUCAAUUCAACUCUUGUACUUGACAGCUGUGUGGGGUUAGUUUCAAUUUUGUUUUUUCUCAUCAUUUAAACUUUAUUUGGGAAUUUUAAGUUAUUUGAUGGAACGAAUACAAAUGGUUCUGGUAGGCGCAGAGGGCGUCAUGGAGACCGGAGGCAUAAUAAAUAAGGUUUUUUUCGAGUUUUAUUCAUAAUAUUGAAUAUUUAAUGCGGUUUUAGAUUGGCACAUUGAACGUCGCGAUUGUUGCAAAGACAAUGAACACUCCCUGUUUUCGUUAUGUCAGAAAGCAUCAAGUUCGUCAAGGAAUAUCCGUUGAAUCAAGCUGAUAUUCCACAAGAGUUUAAGGUUUGCUAGUUUUUUUUAUAAUUUUAAUUAUCAAAAUUUUUUUCAUUAACAAUAUCUAAACAGUUUACUUUAAAAAUUCCGUGUAUUUUCUUCAUUCCGUGUAUUUUCUUCACUCGAAGUGGUAGCUCUCCCAGUCGGCCGAGGCUACCCUAGAGUGUACACGGUAUCCGUGCCCGAGCCCCACCAUCACCGCCGUGCCCGUACAAGCGAAACUGAGGGAUCUCUUUGUGGAAGAACGAGACGAAGGACCGUAAGACCAUGCUUUCAAUUCAAUCGAAUACACGUUUUGACUUCUUUUUCGCCAAAGGCGGUGUUAGUGCCGCUCAAAAGAGCAAUUUUUUCACCGCCUAGUCGAUACCAUCUGACUAAAACAACCAAUAAAUAUUGAUGAUUGAUGAUGAUGAAAGUCAUUUUAUAUUGACGCCUGUUUGAGAAAAAUAUGAAAAUAAGCAUGCGAAACUUCCUAGUAAAUUUUGUUCAAGAAUAAGUCUCAUUUGACGUUUUGAGAUUUUGAGCAUUUUCUUCACAGACCGUACAAAUAAGCAAUUUUCAAUGUAAUUUGAAUCUCCGAUACAAAAAAAUAAGCAUAAAAUUAGAAUUUUGAAUCGUUUUCUCCGGAACAGCCAUCAACCACCUUCACUGUUUGAAAAUUCAGAAAUAAAAAAUGCUAGGUUUGAAAUUUUCGUCUCUUUCCUCCAAACUUCUGGAUUUAAUUUUAAGUGAAGGGGUUUUUUUUUUGGUUAGGAUGUAGCUCAAAACAAGCACUUUCAAGUUGUAGUUAUUUUUUUGUUAGUUGUAAAAAAAUCAGAAGCUGAGUAUAUUUUUUUCAGUACCGGACUUCAGUGAUUGAAAACAAAGACUUGGCGCUGGAGCAUCCCGAAGUAGACUACACCCCGCCACAGGUCAAAAAUUGAUUUUCAGGAAUUUGGAAUCGAAGAUUUUGAAAUUUCAGUACAUCAACCUGCUGAUCACAGAUCUCGGGAUCCUGCCUCCGGCCGCCGUUGGCGAAGAACUAAUCAAGCUUUAUAUUUAG